AAUAUCUAGCAAAUAUCUCACUUGCUUGGGUGCACCUACAGAGCUACUCUCACAAACACACGCCAUGGCCGGAACCAAGGAGCAUGUGAUAUCCGUGGAGACGUUGCUGUCGAAAAAGGUCGGUGUUGUCGGAACCGAAGCUGGUGAAACAAGCAGGGGCCGUGACAUUUCCUGCGGCCUGCAGAGGCGGGUCAUUGAAGUUAUUGAACACGGAGAUCAUGAGGAAGCCUGCGAGCUGAAAAAAAAGAGGUUUGAGAAACUGAGGGAAGCAAUAGAUCAUCCCAAUGGAUCAGGUCAAAAGGCUACACCAAAAAUACAAAAGGUUCCGCUGUUGCUGCAUGAUCACACUCAUUUCGACAAAUAUUUUAAGCCAAGGAUUGUAGCACUCGGUCCUAUCCAUCAUGAUACGGAAAAGUAUCGGCCAGCAGAGGGGUACAAGCUUAGAAUGGCGAACUACUUCGUCCAAGACAGUGGUACAAAGGAUGAGAUUUUGUACGACAUUGUUGAGAAGAACAUCGAGCAACUGAGGAAGUGCUUCGACGAGGAGGUGACCAAGAAGUAUGAUGAUCAGGCCCUGGCCUGGAUGCUGUUUGUGGACGGGUGUGCAAUAUUGCAGUCCAUCCAUUGGGCUGUUAGCAAACCAUGCAAAGAUUGGAAAAUGAAAUAUGAUCUGAUGGCCUUUGGGGAACAGGAUUUAUUCCUGUUGGAGAACCAACUUCCUUACCAACUCCUUGAGGAUUUGAUGAAUUCCAGCGCAAAGGGAGAUGAAUUGAGGAAAUCGAUUAACAGCUUCAUGAUGAAAUCACAGACGCAGGGUACGGCGUCGCCGAGCGAGAAGGAAAUUAGGCCGAUCCAUCUUCUCGAUCUCCUCCGGACGAGAAUCAUAGGCAAGCCGGCCGAAAGUACUGAUCCUGGCUCCAUUAACGCUGGCAAAGAAAAAGAAAGGCCUAUCCAAGCACUUCUCGGUCUCCUCCGGGAAUGUCUCCUACGCAAAAGGCAUAGGGACGACCAAAACCUGGAAAGAACGCAGUCGUAUCGCAACGUGGUGGAGCUUAAAGCAGCAGGAAUCCAUGUGAAGCCGCCCAGCCCCAGGAAAACACAUCAUGGUUCCUUGACAUCAAUAACUUUUGAUGAAGGACUCAAGUCCUACCUCCGGCUUUCUCCAAUAAUGGUCGAUGACUCAACGGGGCCCAAGUUCUUGAAUUUGAUAGCCUACGAGAUGUGUCCGGAUUUCUACAAUGAGUUCGAGAUCACCUCUUACAUAUCAUUCCUGGAUUCACUCAUUGAUAACACCAACGACGUAAUGGAGUUGAGGAAUGCGGGCGUACUCCAGAACCACCUCGGCAGCGACAAAGAAGUGGCUCUACUCUUCAAUGAGAUUGGCACCGACUUGGUUCCUGACCCCCAAGCAUAUGCCGCUGUCAAAGUUGCUAUUCAGAGUCACUACGAUACUCGGUGGAAGAACUGGAUUGCUGAAGCCCUUCACGAACAUUUCAGAAGCCCCUGGACGUUUCUGGCUUUUUCGGCCGCCAUAAUAGUACUCAGCCUAACUUUCAUACAGACUUGGUUCGCAUUCAAAGAAGACAGAGGUAAUUCCCGACCCCGAGUUCGGCGCUAGUCGCGAGUUCAGAGUACCAUGCAUGGAUGAAUAUAAUUUUUAUGAUAAUUUGGAGAGACAUAAAUAAAAUUGAUAGAUCUUAUCA